AUGAACAAUUGCCUAAGACUUUCCAACAAUGGCACCGUUUCCCCGCCUCGCUGGGCCCUUUCAUCGCCGACGACUAUCGAUUAUUAUUUAGACCUCACGGCUCAAGUUACAGGCGGUGGCUUUUUUGCGGGCGCCCAAUUCAAACUCGGAACGUGCUCUCGAUACGAGAAUAAUGACGUGAACAGGAUAUCCGUUUGUCAAUCGCCGGAGGUCGCCGCUCCCGCGGGAGAGAUUAAAGAGUGG